AACAUGGUGGCGGACGGGGAUGGACCGGCGCCGCUCAUCCAGGCGUUUAACGUAAACAAACGAAAUUCAAUCUACGACACACAGACGAUGGUGGACCGGAUGGGUGACACUCUUAACAACCUUCUGGAUGGGGUGGAAGUGGAGAAGACGUACAAGGGCCCCCAUCUCACCUUUCCGCUCACUCUUAACCAGUUACACAAGAUGGUCCAAUCAUUCAAACGAAAACUGACGCUGCACGCCAAAUACACGGUGCAGCUGCUGCUGGAGGUGCGGCGGCUGUUAAAGGCCCAGGGGAACAUCCGGUACGCCAGCACAUCUCUCUCCAAGCAGGUCACUGUGUGUGGCGACCUCCACGGCAACCUAUCAGACCUCUACAUGAUCUUUCAUAAGAAUGGGCUACCGUCCGUCAACAACCCGUACAUAUUUAACGGGGACUUCGUUGACCGCGGCCAGUUCUCUACGGAAGUUGCGCUUGUGCUCUUCUCGUGCUUUCUCAUGAACCCGAACGAGGUCUACCUGAAUAGGGGCAACCACGAGGACCACGUUAUGAACAUAAGAUAUGGCUUCGUGAAGGAGCUACAAAUGAAGUAUCGAGAACAUUCCCGGAAGGUGAUCUCCCUGUUUAAGGACGUGUUCAGCUGGUUGCCCCUGGCGACCGUAGUUGACGAGCAGAUUCUCGUCUGCCAUGGUGGCAUCUCGGACACGACAGAUCUGAAACUGUUGGCCAAAAUCGACAGGCACAGGUACAUGUCAACACUGCAGCCUCCAGGCGGUUGUGACGACAUCAGCACCAUGUCUCAGGAAGAGUUGCUGGAGUGGAAACAGGUGCUCGACCUGUUGUGGAGCGACCCACGGGCCGCUGACGGCUGCUACCCGAACACCUUCCGGGGCGGUGGCACCUAUUUCGGGGCAGACGUUACUGCCAACUUUCUGCAGCAGAACGGCUUAAAGCUCCUCAUCCGCUCACACGAGUGCAAGUCGGACGGUUACGAGUAUACACACAACGGGCAGGUAUUGACGGUGUUCUCGGCCUCCAACUACUACGAGAUGGGGAGCAACCUAGGGGCGUACGUUCGGAUCCAGGGGUCGGGGCUCGAGUGCCGGGUCGUCCAGUACAUGUCCGCCCACAGCCCCGCACUAAGGAAAGUCUCCUUUACUCAGAGGAUCAAUCAUGUCGAGCAGUCCGCUCUUCAAGACCUCAAAGACAGAAUCCUGGCUUCAAAGUGUGAGCUUCUCAAAGAAUUCACCAAUUAUGAUCUCAAUCACACAGGGAAGUUGUCGAGCAGUGACUGGUGUUUUGCCAUGGAAACGGUGCUGGAAAUGGAGUUACCAUGGAGAAUGCUGAAGACGAAGGUUGCCAAGUGUGACAACAACGGUGACGUCAUGUACGAAAGCACGUUUGAGGAGCUGGAGGUGAAACACAAAUACAGCGGGAACGGUCCGUCAAUCACGGAGACACUAUACAAGCACCGGAACAGCCUGGAGACAAUCUUCCGCCUUAUAGACACCGAUCACUCUGGUCACAUCUCGAUGCAGGAGUUUGAAGACGCGCUGACGAUCCUCACACGCCAGCUUGACAUCCGGCUGAAAGAGGCGGAGAUCAGUGACAUUGCCCACAGCCUCGACCUAAACAACGACGGCUGCAUAGACUUCAACGAGUUCCUAGAGGCUUUCAGAAUUGUUGAUAACCUCGGUAAGGACCAAACAAGAAAAGUGACACGAGACAAUUCUAAUGAUGACGUCAUCAUACACGCGCCAGACAUUGCGGGUGCCGGUCAAGAGGCUUAG